UUCCAGCUCAAAUGUUCCAUCCUUAUCAAGUUCGUUCGAUAAAAGCUCUAAUCUAAGUUUCAGUUCAACCAUCAUCUCCACAAGUUCAACUUCAGAUGAAUCACUAAUAUCCUCUGUAGCUACUCCAAGUUCACCUUUGAAUCAAUUAAGCUCUUCAGUUCAUUCAAGUUCACCAAGUUUGGUCUCAAGCACAUCCUUAGCUGAACAAUUAACAUCAAGCAGUCCAAACCUAAUCUCAAAUUCAAUUACAAGCUCAAUUACAAGUUCAAGCACAAGUUUAAGUUCAAGUACAAGUACAAGUACAAGCACAAGCUCUUCAUCUGACACUUCAAGCUCUUCAUCUGAAACACCAAGCUCAAGCUCAGCUGAAAUAUCAAGCUCUUCAUCUGGAACACCAAGCUCAAGCUCAGCUGAAAUAUCAAGCUCUUCAUCUAGCACACCAAGUUCAAGCUCAAGCUCAGCAAAAAUAUCAAGCUCUUCAUCUGAAACAUCAAGCCCUUCAUCUGAAACAUCAAGCCCUUCAUCUCACAUCAAGCUCAGCUCAGAUGAAAUAUCAAGCUCUUCAUCUGGAACACCAAGCUCAAGCUCAGCUGAAAUAUCAAGCUCUUCAUCUGGAACUUCAAGCCCUUCAUCUGACACUUCAAGCUCUUUAUCUGUAACAUCAAGCUCAAGCUCAGCUGAAAUAUCAAGCUCUUCAUCUGGAACUUCAAGCUCAAGCUCAGCUGAAACACCAAGCUCUUCAUCUAGCACACCAAGUUCAAGCUCAAGCUCAGCAAAAAUAUCAAGCUCUUCAUCUAGCACACCAAGUUCAAGCUCAAGCUCAGCAAAAAUAUCAAGCUCUUCAUCUGAAACAUCAAGCCCUUCAUCUGAAACAUCAAGCCCUUCAUCUGGCACAUCAAGCUCAAGCUCAGAUGAAAUAUCAAACUCUUCAUCUGGAACACCAAGCUCAAGCUCAGCUGAAAUAUCAAGCUCUUCAUCUGGAACUUCAAGCCCUUCAUCUGACACUUCAAGCUCUUUAUCUGUAACAUCAAGCUCAAGCUCAGCUGAAAUAUCAAGCUCUUCAUCUGGAACUUCAAGCUCAAGCUCAGCUGAAACACCAAGCUCUUCAUCUAGCACACCAAGUUCAACUGAAAUAUCAAGCUCUUCAUCUGGAACUUCAAGCUCAAGCUCAGCUGAAACACCAAGCUCUUCAUCUAGCACACCAAGUUCAAGCUCAAGCUCAGCAAAAAUAUCAAGCUCUUCAUCUAGCACACCAAGUUCAAGCUCAAGCUCAGCAAAAAUAUCAAGCUCUUCAUCUGAAACAUCAAGCCCUUCAUCUGAAACAUCAAGCCCUUCAUCUGGCACAUCAAGCUCAAGCUCAGAUGAAAUAUCAAGCUCUUCAUCUGGAACACCAAGCUCAAGCUCAGCUGAAAUAUCAAGCUCUUCAUCUGGAACUUCAAGCCCUUCAUCUGACACUUCAAGCUCUUUAUCUGUAACAUCAACAGCUCAAGCUCAGCUGAAAUAUCAAGCUCUUCAUCUGGAACUUCAAGCUCUCAAGCUCAGCUGA